CGAGGUCCUGCAAGGGUUUCAGGAUUCAUGGAUCUCUCAGGGAUUUUUUCCUUCAUUUAUACUGCUGUCUUCCGUGUCUAAAUAAAAAACAACAGGGCUUUCUCCAGCAAUCGCCGGCCAUGUCGGAGACAUACGAUUUCUUGUUCAAAUUUCUCGUGAUUGGGAAUGCAGGGACGGGGAAGUCAUGUCUUCUUCACCAGUUUAUAGAAAAGAAAUUCAAAGACGACUCCAAUCAUACCAUAGGCGUGGAGUUUGGAUCAAAAAUAAUCAACGUGGUAAAUAAAUUUGUCAAGCUCCAAAUAUGGGACACUGCAGGCCAAGAAAGAUUCAGGUCAGUGACACGAAGCUACUACAGAGGAGCAGCAGGGGCUCUCCUUGUGUAUGACAUCACCAGUCGGGAAACCUACAACGCUCUGACCAACUGGUUGACGGAUGCUAGGAUGCUGGCCAGCCAAAACAUCGUCAUUAUCUUGUGCGGCAAUAAGAAGGACCUGGAUGGGGACAGAGAGGUGACCUUCCUGGAAGCAUCUCGUUUCGCGCAAGAGAAUGAGUUGAUGUUCCUGGAGACCAGUGCUCUGACGGGGGAGAAUGUGGAAGAGGCCUUUGUGCAGUGUGCCAGGAAAAUCCUAAACAAAAUUGAGUCAGGAGAGCUGGACCCAGAGCGCAUGGGCUCAGGGAUCCAGUAUGGAGACGCGGCUCUGCGCCAGCUCCGCUCCCCCCGUCGGGCCCAGGCCCAGAGCGCCCAGGAAUGCGGCUGUUAGUGAACGGGCGUCAACACUUCAAGAACCAAGGUGUGCUGAGACGAGGAGGACAGACGCAGGGAAUGUGAGGAUGAGCCCAGCGAGCCGGAGCGACUCUUCCCUGACCUUCCUUUCCCUUCCAAAUGGAGGCACUGUCAGAGGGCCCCAGAGAGUACCCAGACCCCUGGCUCGUUCUUGGACAUCCAGCUUGUUCCAGGGCUUUUUAAAGUGGAGGACACCCCUUCCUUUUCCUUCCCAAACCCUAAACCAGAGUGAUCCUACAUCACUCACCACGUUACUGAUAGCCCCCAUUACCCCUUACUUGCAUAGUUUCUGUAAAUAGAAUGGAUUUCACUGUAAAUCUCAUAAAGCAUGUUUUAUGGACUGAAAAACAAGAGUAUUACAUCAGUGGCUAAUGACUGCAAAUAUUCAUAAUUUUUUUGACAUAUCUUACUGUCCUGUCUUAGUCUUCCAUGGAUAUUUUAUCUGUAGCUUUUAUCACUCAUGCUGCUUGCAUUGACAUAUUUUUUGUGUUUGUUUUUAAGGUUACAUAAUUUGUUUUUAUUUUCUAGUAAAUGACUGUUACUCAUGAAUUGUUCAUUUGUACUUUGAAGAUUUUGUUUUGUAAAUAAAGUGCACUGAAAUGUG